AUGAAUUCACACUUGAUACAAGCUUCAGAAGCUUGCUUCAAUGGCUGCUGCUCAUCACCAUUCUCAUCCCAAUCCGUGACUCAGAAACCAGAAGAAGAGCUCGAGUUCUCAGUAAUCACCCCAGGAGCUUCGUUUCUCACCAGAGAGAUCAAGUUCACGAGCCAAGAAUCUCUCCGUACUUCUUUCUACGAUCUCAUCACAGCUUUUCCAGAUUACUUGCAGACGACUCAAGCCGAUCAUCUCCGAUCUACAGACUACCAAAACCUCUCCUUCUCUUGCCACGUGUUGUUAAACUACACCGCUCAACAACAACCUCUGUUCUCUUACUCGCAAUUCCGACAAAUCUUGGAAUCAAAACCUUCUCUGUUUAACUUGUCUUGCACGCAAGUGAGCUCCGGUAAAGAGUUGCUAUCACUCGCGAAUGAGGAAAAGAAUCAGGAGAUUUAUGAAUCUUGA